CUGCAGAUCUUGGAUGGGUCAGGCCAUGUAAAAUUCUGCGUGGAUGCCAGCAAACCAGAUAUAGGGAGCUGGCUGAAGCACAUCCAGUUUUCCCCUGCGGCCACGCAGCAUAACCUGAGCGCCUGCCAGAUAGAUGAUCAGAUCUUCUACAAAGUCACCAAAGAGAUAUUUCCUGGUGAAGAGCUGCUACUUUUCAUGAAGGCUGAAGAUUAUUCAUGUGACACCAUGGCUCCUGAUAUUCACGCAGAGGAGAGGCAGUACCGCUGUGAGGAUUGUGACCAGCACUUUGAGUCUCGCAAUCAGCUGCUGGACCACCAGAAGCAGCCAUGUGGGAUGCCCCCUUCUUCCUUCCUUAAUCCAGGAGGGGACGGUGACUUGACGGCCCAAGAUCCUCAAGACUUGCGGCCCCUCCACAUGUCUCACGGCCUACACGAGUGUAAGGAGUGUGACCAGGUCUUCCCUGAUGUUCAGAGCCUGGAGGCCCAUGCUUUGUCCCACUCCGAGGAGAGGGAGUAUAAGUGCGAUCAGUGUCCCAAGGCUUUCAACUGGAAAUCAAACUUGAUCCGACAUCAGAUGUCACAUGACAGUGGCAAGCACUACGAAUGUGAAAACUGCUCAAAGCAGGUGUUCACAGACCCCAGUAACCUACAGAGGCACAUUCGCUCCCAGCACGUCGGGGCGCGUGCCCAUGCCUGCUCUGACUGUGGCAAGACGUUUGCAACGUCUUCAGGCCUCAAGCAGCAUAAGCACAUCCACAGCAGUGUCAAGCCCUUCAUGUGUAAGUCACUAAGACCCUACCUAUGUGAGGUAUGCCACAAGUCAUACACCCAAUUCUCCAACCUAUGCCGCCACAAACGCAUGCAUGCUGACUGCCGCACACAGAUCAAGUGCAAGGACUGUGGGCAAAUGUUCAGCACCACCUCCUCCCUCAAUAAGCAUAGGCGCUUCUGUGAGGGGAAGAAUCACUUCACAGCAGGGGGACUAUUUGCCCAGGGUAUGCCACUCCCUGGCACCCCUGGCUUGGACAAAACAGCUCUUGCAAUGGGUCACAGCAGCGCUGGACUGGCUGAUUAUUUUGGGGCGAGUCGCCACCAUAGUGGUCUUACCUUCCCUGCAGCCCCUGCAUUUCCUUUCAGCUUCCCCGGUCUGUUUCCCUCUGGACUCUAUCACCGACCACCACUCAUACCUGCCACCACUUCUCCUGUCAGACAGCUAGCUCACACACCUGUUGCGGCCCCUGGUGCAGAGCUGAGUAAGAGUCCACUGCUACCCCCGAGCCCUGGUGCUCUGGAGUCUCGAGAACUACUUAAAGCCCUCUGCAAAGAUGACAAUUCACUUGGAAAUGAGGUUGCAGACUCAGAGCUACACAACCAGGGUUCCUCAUCCUCUACCAAGCAGCAGAACAAGCAGAGCGAUCAGUCUGAAAGCAGCGACCUGGACGAUGUCAGUACACCCAGCGGCAGUGAUCUGGAGAGCACAUCGGGUUCUGAGUUUGACAGCGACAUGGACAGUGAGAGGGAGAGGGGGGCUGCUCGAGAGAAUGGCAAAGGUCCCAAGAGGAAGCCCAGUGAAGUGGGCUCCCAGAGCCCAAAUUUGAUGGGCAGCGGGGCUGCGAAAGACUUUCCUGGUCCUUCCCUUAUCCCAUCCCCACUGGAUGAGCACACAGCCGUAACAGGGGCUGUAAAUGACUCUAUUAAGGCCAUUGCGUCCAUUGCUGAGAAGUAUUUUGGCUCAACUGGGCUAGUUGGCUUGCAGGACAAGAAGGUUGGGUCUCUGCCCUAUCCUUCUAUGUUCCCAUUGCCUUUCUUCCCAGCUUUCUCUCCACCAGUUUACUCCUUUCCGGACAGAGACCUCAGAUCUGCAGGCCUAAAGAAUGAGCCAAAGUCACCAGCAGAUGACUACAAAAAGGCCCAAGGAAAGUCUUCGUCCGAGUCCCCAUUUGACCUCACUACCAAGCGAAAGGAGGAGAAGCUAGCCGCAUUUGCCCCCUCCAAACCAGAAACAUCACGUCCUAUGGGUCAGGAUCAGCCACUUGAUCUUAGUUUGGGGCCCAGGGGCCGUGGACGCAAUCCAAAAGAGGAGCCGACCAAGAAGAAUCUGGUUUAUGAAGAGGAGAAGGGAGUGAUGGAGAUUCCAAAAGCAGAUACUUCCUUACAGCAUGCCAGGCCCACCCCUUUCUUCAUGGACCCCAUCUACAGCAGGGUUGAGAAAAGGAGAAUGAGCGAUCCGUUUGAGAUGCUGAAAGAAAAGUGCAUGCGGCCAACUCCAGGCUUCCUCUUCCAUCCACAGUUUCGUUUGCCAGAUCAGAGAACUUGGAUGACGGCUAUCGAGAACAUGGCAGAGAAGCUGGAGACAUUCGGCUCCUUGAAGCCUGAGUCCAGUGAACUUUUGCGCUCUGUUCCUUCCAUGUUUGACUUCAGAGCCCCACCAUCUGCACUUCCAGAGACGCUGCUGCGAAAAGGCAAGGAGCGCUACACAUGCAGAUACUGUGGAAAAAUAUUCCCUCGUUCCGCCAACCUGACUCGCCACCUCAGGACUCACACAGGAGAGCAACCAUACAGGUGUAAAUACUGCGACCGCUCCUUCAGCAUCUCCUCCAACCUGCAGCGUCACAUUCGCAACAUUCACAACAAGGAAAAGCCCUUCAAGUGCCACCUGUGCGACCGCUGCUUCGGUCAACAGACCAACCUGGACCGUCACCUCAAAAAGCACGAGAAUGGCAACUUGUCAGGAACUGCUAUGUCCUCCCCACAGUCCGAACUGGACAGUAGCAGCGCCAUAUUGGACGACAAAGAGGACUCUUACUUCAACGAAAUACGAAACUUCAUCAGCAACAGUGGCCAGGACCAGAGAUCCCCGGACCCCUCUGAGGAAGGGUUAAAUGGAGGUCCAUUUGAAGAAGGGAAGCCACUGCUGGCCAGCCAUGACCUGGAGGAUGAGGAAGUGGAAGACCUAGUUGCUGAUGAGGAAGAAGCAGAAGAGCUGAGCGGCAGCCCAGAGAAAAGAGAAGCCAAGGAUCUUCCUGGUAGCCCAGGCGACGAUAAUAUUCAAGGCGAAAUGGACUUAAGUGAACAAAACGACUUGAAAACAAUUAGCAAAACUUCUCCAAUGAGCUAUAAAGAUGAGGAGGAACAGAGCAGCUACUCGGCCUUGGAUCAGAUCCAUCAUUUUUCUGACAUGCGCAAGCUAGAGGAGAGCGAGCUGAGUGAUGGAGAUGGAGAGGAGGACAAUGGGUCAUUUGGCUCCCCCUCUCUGACUGAGGCAGUCAAACAACCACUCUUUAGAAAAUCCAAGUCUCAGGCCUAUGCCAUGAUGCUGUCUCUGGCUGAAAAGGACUCUCUCCACUCAGCCACCCAUAACCCAGCCGCCAUGUGGCACAGUCUGGCUCGGGCCGCUGCUGAAUCCAGUGCCAUCCAGUCACUCAGCCAUGUAUGA